AUGAUCGGCUUUGCCAUUGGGGACGACGUCAAGGCGGCCCAGAUGCAGCACUACGAGUUUUUUGACUCGCCCGAGGCGUGCUUUGUCGCAGCGGCAAGGCUUGAAGCCAGAAGGCUGGAGUUGAAAGUCAGCGAUGCCCUUCCGCCGAUGCCUGAGAAGAAGCCGAGGAGGAAGACGAAGACUGCGGAGGCUGACGGUGUCAGUGUGUCGGCGGCCUCCGGUUCCAGCUCGUGGACUGGUUCCACAAACAUCUUGAAGUUCAUGGGGUGCAGCACAAAGUUCAUUCGCCUGACGGUCCAUGACCCAGCGUCGGCUAUGACGGACAGGAUCAUCUCGCACGUGGCGACUGACGGACGAGCGACGGGAGCCCCUUUGUUCCGAGUUCCGGUUCAGACCGUCUUGCGUCCGCCGCCUGCGAAAACAAUGACCAUGGAUUUCUUCGAGGCCAAGCUGAACGUGCAUGCGGGAGAGUACAUCAAGACUGAGGAUGAUCGUGGGCUUGCCGAAGGGCCGUGGCAUUUCUACCGCCUGGUGGACUCCAGCCUGAACAUGUCCAUGUCGAACGUCUUGUUUCGCAACACACCCGGGAAUACACGGUCUGAGAAGCCCUACGUGUGCUUCACCGGCUUCAGCGGGCCUGCCCUCCUUGCGUUUCUCAUGACUCGUGGGAAGAAGGCUGAGUCUCUUGGCCAAAAAUUAAGGUCUAGGUCCGGCGGCCGCUUGCGGUCGCCCGAACCGCACAACGAUCCAAGGGUUCUGCUGUAUGAGAUGUUCUUCAAGGAGCUGCCUGAGCAGCUGCAGCUGACUGACUGCCCCCUUGUCGCCGCCCGGCAGCACGAAGACUACUGGAUCAGCCCUGGUCAGAUCGAGAUGCAAAGCCUGAGGAUGUUCAAGGCCGAGGUGAAGCUUGUGAUUUGGCACGAGAAGAGCAUGAAGGAGAUGUUGGUCUCCAAGCUUGACGGGCAGAUUUCGGCCACCAUGAACCGCCUGAGAAGUCUGAAGCGGAAGAAGGUGGACCUCAUCAAGGACGGUGCCCGCCUUGGUCAGACAUUUGAUUUGCGCCUUCAACCAUGA